AUGAGGGAUGGAAUUCAAGGGCUCCGAUGCUUGGCUGUGACGGUCGUUGUCUUCUUUCACAUAUGGCCAAAGACUUUCAAAAAUGGCUUCCUUGGAGUGGAUAUGUAAGCUCAGCAAAGAAGCGCUUAUAGCUACAUAGUAGUUUGCAUUUUUUCAUAGUAUUAGGUUGAGUCAAAAUUAUCCGGCGGUUUUAUUGGCGCGUUUCUUGUAAGUUAAAAUUUAUGUUUUGUUAAUGUUUUUUUUUUAUAAAAAUAAUCUUCUCUGGUUGGUUAAUAAAAUGGCAGUCGAAACCCAUACUCAUAUUUGCCACAUUAUGCUCUACCACUUCGAGAAAAGUUGGAAGUCAGCACGGUCAUUCCGCGAUCUCAACGAACUUUUCGGCGAAGGAACAAAAAAUAGACACGAUUUCCCAGUGGAUGAUUCCGCUUCUGUCCCACCACACAUACCACGUAGCCUUCUUACAGUGGACGUCUUUUGGUACCAACUUUUCUCGAAAUGGUAGAGCAUAAUACGGCGGAUAAGAGUAUGGUUUUCGAAACACAUUUUGUUAACUAAAUAGUAAAGAUAAUUUUUAUUAAAAAACAUUAACAAAACUCAAAUUUUAACUUACAAAAAACGCGCCAAUAAAACCGCCGGAUAAUUUUGACUCAACCUAAUAUUUAAUUUUUUUCGGUUCGACUGAUAACACAGCAACAACCUUCUACAACGACAUAUAGCUUUAGCUUCCCAAUGCUUUUUCCGACCUCUAAAACCAUUUUUUCAGUUUCUUUGUCAUCUCCGGCUACUUAAUGUGUAUGUUGAUGUCGCGCCGUGAGCUUACCCUGAGCUCCGUCUCCGACUUUUACUACCGUCGAAUCAAGCGGAUCUUCCCUCCGUACAUCUUCAUUUUGAUUUGCACCGUCAUCGCGGCGACCGUCUUUAUGGCGCCGACGGAGUUGGCGGACGUCGUUCGCAAGGCCUACUACUCGUCGCUGUUUGUCAGCAACUUCAAAGGCCUUCCGCUGCGCGGCUACUUUGGCACGUCGACAACUUUUGACUUGUUUUUGCACACGUGGUCGUUGAGUGUGGAGAUUCAAUUUUAUUUGAUUGUGCCGCUUGUGUUUUGGCUUAUGCAGAAUGCAAGGCAUUUGCAUCAGUUCGGAGACUAUCUACUUAUUGGGGCGCUAGGAAUGGUUAGCUGUUUCCUUCAGUUUUAUUAUGAAAACGGUAAGAAGGACUUUAUGGCGCACGUCAAUCCAAAAUAGAAAAAAAAAUUCCCGCCCCUUUUUGGUGAUUCGUUCAAAACGAAAUGUCACUAUCCGAUAAAACGCAUUUUCUUAUCUUUUUUCUUCCUUUUCGAGAAAAAGCAAAUAUUGCGGGCGAGAAAAUGUACCGAAAAUUUCGCGACAUUUCGUCUCUCUUUUAAGCCAAUGAAAACGAUACGAAGUUUCGAAACGGCUCAGGAAAUGCGCUGGAUUGACGUGUGGCGCGGCUUGUAACUUCAGUUUGCGGGAUCGCUAUGGAUUCAGCAAGGGCUGAGCAUAAAAUCUCCCUCUGUAGAGCAAGGUUCAUAACCAACCCCGUCUAUAACAAAACAAUUUCAUUGGUCCGAAUGACUUUUUUCGGGCCGCGCAGUAAAUUUUGUCACUUUUUACUUCUCGUUUUUAAAACUGCGUAAUUUACGACAAAUGAAUUUUUAGACCUUUUUUCUUUAUUCUCAUCCUCCUUGUUUUAGUCCAAAACAUCUCCCACAUGUCGUUCUAUUGCCGAAUAUGGCAAUUCAUGUGUGGAUUCAUCGCUUACAAAGCUUACAACCAUCUCAAAUCGACCAUCUGCAAAAAGCCACGAGUUGUUCAGCGAUUCCUUUUUGAAGCCUACUACACACUACUGUUUUGCCUACUCAGUUUACAACUUGUUUAUGAGUGCUUCUCGACAGCACAGCUCUCAAGAUACUUCACAACCGUCACCACAACAAUGCUGCUAUCGGCUCCGGAUGAAACCGCAGUUUUGAAAUGGCGACCGUUCGUCUUUAUUGGUGAUAUCUCAUAUUCAAUCUACUUGAUUCAUUGGCCGUUUAUCAAGCUGGUCCACUACGCAAAUUAUGAUCAAUACAAGGCAAGCGAUGGACUGCCCUUUGAAGGUGAGGAUUUUAAAGGCUGUCAUUUGUUCUAGUCGCGCCAUAAAGACCGUACAAGUUUUUUCACCGGCAUCGUUGCGGUGCGAAAAAAUGCAUGUUGCUUGUGAAAAAACGGGAAGUUGCGGCGGUGCCUGCAAAAAGCGGAUGAACGCACUGCGCACGGUUAUUAUUCCAGGACAAGCUGCGCCGGGAGGCCACAAGCAUGCACAAAGCAAAAUGUCGGUCUGUCGGGAAAAUAAUCAACACUCUGUCGCAGCAGAAAUCAUGUCUCCGCCGAGAAAAUGAAUUUUGUGGUGACAAAAUGAGAAUGCUUUUCAUUUCAGUGACGCGAUCCGCACAGCGACAUUGUGUUCAUUAUUUUUCCGACGGAUUGAUGAUAUUUUUCCAUGCGACACCAUAUCGGCAGUGCAAUCCAAUUUCCUUUCUGUUUGCACUGUGCAAUCAAAGAUACGAACAUAUCAGUCUGUCGGGAAAAUAACGGCGGGUCGUUGCGCCUUGGAAUCGCCAAUCGUCACGUUGCGACGGCAACCGCAUUCAUGCGCGACUACACCGGCUUUCGACGUGGCGGGACAUUUCGCUGCGACAUCCCGCCCUUAUUUUCCCGACAGACUGAUAGGAUAAACAGCUUCAAUAGUGGAGAAUUUAGUCUGAACGACGAAUGGAUAUUAGUCCUUCCGGAAAGUCGCCGGACUGAAAUCAGCGAUGUGAGAAAUCCAAAGUUCACUUUUGCACUGUGCAGUUUCUUGAUUUUUUCCUCCGUGCAACAGGCUUUUUUAGGUUGUCGGGAUGACUUUUUUUGCACAGUGCAAACGUCAAAAAUUGUUAGCCCGUUAAUUACUCUGAACAAGGAGAUGUAGCUUAUAAAAAAAUUGCUAAAAAAUUCAAACCCGCAAGAACCCGACCAAUAUAGCCUUUGGAGAAGAACUGGGGACCGAAUUUGACUGAUGUGAGAAAGCGGCAGUCAUAUCAGUCUGCCGGGAAAAUAACGGCGGAUCGUUGAGCCUCGGAAUCGCUCAUGAUCGCUUUGCGAGGGCAAGCCGCAGCUGGGAAUUCGGUGCGCGGUAGCGGCGAGGCAGGACAUUUUGUUGCGACGACCCGCCGUUAUUUUCCCGACAGACUGAUAUUACAGAAUAAAACAAAAAAAAUUUCUUUCAGAGACAAUCUACCUCGCCAUAAUCGCAUGUUACGUUCUCUCCUACAUUGUUGAAGACCUCUUCAAAUACCUCUUAUCCUUUGUGAAAACCUGGCAGCACUUAAUUUUGACCUUGGCCCUCUGCUACAUCUCCCUGUAUGCCGCCUCAAUCGUUGCAUACCACAACUCCUCAAGUUCUCGGCAAAUCUUGCACGAAAAUCAAACGUUGGACGACCUAGUGCACUCGUUGUAUCAGCAUCGGGAAGAAGAAUGGCCAUUGGAUGAGCUCGCAACUAUGGAACUAAACAAACAGAUGUACGACUACGGCACAAAUGAUUGGGGAUUCUGCACGGACAUGAAGCAAUACCUGCAGACGGAAAAGAAGUUCGACUUGGGAUUCGCUCAGUGGAUGUGUCAUGAAAAGGUAAGUAGAAUGCAACGGCAACAACGGAGGCUGUAUCAGUGUCUGUAGGGAAAAUAAUGAGCACUCUGUCGCGUUGAAAAUUGCAUCACCGCCGAGAAAAUUAAUAGUGUCGCGGCGAAAUCAAAUUACUUUUCGCUUCAGCGACGCAUCGACAUUGCGCUCAUUAUUUUCCCGACAACUGAUAUUCAGUCCUGCCGAAAAUUGGCUAAUGGCUUUUUCAUCUCUCCCAAGCAGUCCCGGGCCACGCUUUGGAAACUUUGAAAAUUGGCAAGCUUUGGGCUUGAGACUAAAAAUUUGUAGACAUUCUCUCACAAAUUUAGUGCAAAAUUUGCAUGAAAAUCGAAUUUUCGCUCAUUCGUCGGCAUUUUCAUUCAGGAGGAAGGUUGGUUGAUCGCUCUUCAAGAGUUCUGAAAAUCCAAAUUUCCCAAGAUUUUAAACCCUUUUUGAAAUUUGCAUAGUCGAAAUUUGGAAUCAUGGGGAUUUCGAAUUUUCAGAGCUCUGAGAGAGCGGCCACACAACCUCACCCGAGAAAAAAAUGACCCCCAUGUGAGCAAAAAUUCAAUUUUUAUGCGGAUUUUGCACUAAAUGUAUGAAAAAAUUGGAAUGUCAAAUUGGUGCCAGAAUAAAAAAAAAUGUAAUAACAAGAAUUCGUAUAUUUUAAACUUUUAGGGCCUCAAAACCUUCAAAACUCUACAUACAUUCCGCAUAGGGCAAACACAUCCUAAAAAUCGGCAGCACUGCUGCAACAAAAAGCCCAGGCUGAUCAAACAACAAAGAAACGUAGCAUAUUUGGAGCUUUUUUUCUGCGAAUAUAAAAAUACCGAAUUUAGAAAGUCAUCCGUUUCCGAAAUACGAUUGAAGAGCAUUGCCUGUAAAUAUAAUAUAUGCAUCAAGAUAUUAUAGAAACAAAACAUACUCAGCGAGCUUUCAGGGCAACGGCAGCAAAGAAAUUGUCAUUUUCGGCAACAGUUUGGCCAGAGAUCUUUUAUUCGGGGUAAAAACAAUGUUCCACAACAUUGCGGGCAACAUCACAGUUAUGGCAGCUGGCCAUUGCUCUCCGUACAUGGCCAAAUUUGCAAAGGAGACCGUGUUUUGUGGGGAGAUGUGUAUUCAACGCUGCUUCGAGUUCGAGGAUCAAAUUCUUGAUAUUUUGGAAAAUUGGCCGAGAAAAAUCGAUAUCAUCAUUGUGCAGCAUUCGUAGGUUACUGUAAUUUUUUGAUUUUUCUUGAAUUAUGAUCUUAAGUUUUUGGGUGAUUUUAGUUACGGCGAGUUCAAGGGCAUCAAGUACACGGAACAGGACGAGUUGCAACGGGGAAUGCAAAAGUUCUACACCGCGUUGGACAAUAUUGCGAAUGAGGCAGUGAUUAUGCCAUAUGGGGAAGUGUGGGCUCCAAACGAGUUCCCAAUCUAUAUGAAACGUGUGGGACUUGGGCAAAGGGACAUCAGCACUUCCGCCGAGGUAAGUUUAAAAUUUGAAACGUAUCUCUUCAUGCAAAGGUUAUAAUUUGAUGAAAAUUUGGCGAGAACUUUCCGUGUGGACUUUUGAACGCUUUUUGAAAGUUUUUGCCGCGGUUUUGUAGAUAAAAUUAUGACCAAAAAGUGUUUUUCUGACAAGGGAAGUGCUCCAAGUGCGACGCUCAGAUUUUCUUUUAAUUUUGCACACACAUCGGUCAUGAACUCAGCAUCAAUUCUCGAAAGAUUUAUGUCGCGCUUUGCAAGUGCCACCGAGAUAUUGAACGAUCUUUGCCGCCGAGAGAGUACGCUAAACGCGGAGAGCGGUCAGAGAGAAAAACACUUUUUCAUCUUAAUUUUGUUAGUUUCAUACGGAAAAAAAUGAUUUUUUGUUGAAACAUUACCCUCUAUGGUGGGAAAUAGGCAUGAACCUUUUCGUGCCGAAAUUCGGGCAAAAGGUGUCAAAUUUUCGCCAACUUUCAAUCUAAAAAUCUCGGUUGUUUCCGCAAACCGCGGGCUAGGAUUCUCGCAUAUAUUUUAGAAAAUAUUGUUCCAAAUUUGUGCCAAGUUUCAUCAAAAUCUGAGCGUCGCACUUGGGGUACUUCCCCUGUGAAAAGAGAAGUCUUUGACGAGGGCAAUCCCCUAGCUCGCGCUUUGCAGAAAAGGCCGAGGUUUUAGAUUUAAAAACCGGCUAAAAUUUGAUAUUUUUUGCCGAAGUUCGGCACGAAAAGUUUCAUGCCUAUUUCCACCAUAGAGGGUAAUGUUUCCACAAAAAUCAUUUUUCCCCGUACGAAACUAGCAAAGUUAUGAUCAAAAAUUGCUUUUCUCUCGGACCGCUCUCCGCGUUUAGCGUACUCUUUCGGCGGCAAGGAUCGUUCAAUAUUUUUAACAAACUUCCAUAUGAAGACUUCAACUGUUAUCUUUAGACCCAGCGAUCGACCGUUUCCGACAUCAACAGGCGAAUUGACGACAUAAGCUGCACGAAAUGCAUUAGAGUCGACUACAGCCAAAUCUUCUGCGAAACCUCGAAACAGGGAAGGUGCAAAUUUGUCAGUCCACACGGCGUCCUGCAUUACGUCGACCAUAUGCACACAACCAUGUAUGGCGGUCUUUUUUACGGAGAGCUGGCGCUUCGCCACUACGUAAAGUUCACAGUUAGUCUAAAGAACGUUGAUUACAAGAGUGUGAAUUAG